GAUGUUACGUUUGUAUUUCUACCGUCAAAACAAUUUGAACAACAUUGAAAUUGUUAUUCAUUAGUUUGUGCAGUGCGCAUAUAGAAAAUUUAAGUGAAUUGUUAGCAAUAAACUUCCUUAGUUCAAUAAAAUAAGUUUAUCAUGGGUGGAGGUGAUUUGAAUACGAAAAAGUCCUGGCAUCCCAAUACUUUCAAGAACCAGGAGCGCGUCUGGAAGGCAGAACAAGCGGAUGCGGCUGAAAAGCGGAAACUGGCCGAACUGCAGCAUGAAAUUAACGAGGAACGCAAUCGGGAGGAGCUGAAAAGUAUAGCCAAAAAGUCGGGUCUCAUUGCGGACAACGAUGGCGACCGUAAGCUGGAGUGGAUGUACAAAGGGCCGCAGGUCAAUCGGGAGGAGUAUUUGCUGGGUCGUACCGUGGACAAGAACUUUGAACAGCUGGAUGCACAGGAGAAGGCUGGCACCAGUGUUGGAAUCUCGCAGCCCAAGAAUCACGUUGAGCAUGAGUGCAUCCCGUUCUCGAUUCGGCAGUACAAGGGCCUGGAAGGGACAGAGCAGGUGGACAUUGCACGGAAACUCAUGGAGGAUCCGCUGAUGGCCAUCAAGCAGAAGGAAAUCGAGAGCCGGCAGAAAAUUCUGGAGAAUCCGGUUAAGCUGAAGGAGUUGCAUCGGUUGUUGAAGAGCGACAAGAGCAUCAAAGACCGGAAAGGCAAAAAGAAGGAUAAAAAGGAGAAGAAAAAAAAAUCAAAGAAAAGCAGAAAACGAUCUGAAAGCAGCGAUGAAUCGGGUUCCGAGGACGAAAGCCAGGACUUGGACAAACUGUUGGCCGAAAAGUACAAGAAAGUUCAAAGCUCCAUUGGACAUGAAAAGGGCGAAGAAGACGGCCUGGAUAAACUGCUUACCAUGAAAUACCAUAAGUUGUCCAAGGAGUUGAACAAAAUGGCCAAGCACAAGAAGUCCAAGAAGAAAAAACGUAAACGGGAUGACAGUUCGGAUGAUUCCGACUCAGAAUCCGAUGAUGAUUCCCAGCGAAGGAAACGGCGGUCAGUGUCAAAGGAAAAGCAUCGGCCAUCUAAUCAGAGGCACCAACGCCGGUCGAACAGUGUUGACAGAGACAGAAACUAUCGGAAUCGUUCCCGAAGUCCGGAACAUAGUCGGAAACAGCGAUCACGCAGCCGAGAUCGUGAACGUUCCCUUAAAUACAAACGCAAUCGCUCCCGUUCUAAAGAGCGAGAACAUCGUCGAAAGUCCCCAUCGCCAUCGAGUUCCAGCUCCGGUUCCUCUCCGGCCCCGAGGAGGUACGAUUCUGACGACGAUGAAAGACGCCCUCCGGCGGCUAAGAAUUUCGGUCUUGUGUCCGCAUCCGGUAAAAAGCUGGAACUGACCAAGCGAAACGAAGUCCGUCUAUACAAACGUGAGGAAAUCAAAGCCCACCAGUCCAGCCAGAAGCCAUCGUACAGCCGACCGGAGAGGAAGAACCCUCUCACAGAGGAGGAAAUGGAUGCCAAACGCCGGGCCAUGUUGGAUAAUGCCAGCUGGAGGGAUAAAGAGCGGAAGAAAAACGUUGAGCGUUUCGAAGACGAAGAACGGCGACUGGAUGAGCGGGAUCAGGGGAAAAAGUACGACAAGGGCUUUAUCACCAAGCAGUUCAAACAUGCGGCCAACAAUGAAACCGUCGAGAAGCGCAUCAAGUCCAAUCGGAACAAUAUACAGCGGUCCGGAGGGGCUAUGAACGAUCACUUUGCCAAGCGCUAAGGAAGGUGAGUAGUUGAUUAAGGAUUUUAUGGUAAAAAUAAAUGAUAAUCAAUCAUAAAACCAUUCUAUGAAGUGAUUACUAUAAGUUUUCAA